UCUUCUUUGCUUUUUGGCUAUAGUGUGUGUAGGGGAGGAAAAAGUUUUCCUUGACCCUCUGAGGGUCCCUGGCUGUGUCUGAAAACUGACAAAGAUUAAUAGGAGCGAAGCAUACCAACUUAUUUAAGUUUUAUGUGACAUGGGAGCCUUCAUAAAGAAACGAGGACCUUAAGAAACAGCCCUGGGUAUUUUUAGCUGGGUUUAAUGAAGAAAUGUGGAGAAAUGGAGAAAUGUGACAGACUAAGGAGUAUGAGAAUCAUGGUGAAAGAUUUGUUUUCAUUGCAGAGUGGUAUGAUCCAAAUGCUUCACUCUUUCGACGUUAUGAACUUCUGUUUUACCCAGGGGAUGGAUCUGUUGAAAUGCAUGAUGUAAAGAAUCAUCGCACCUUUUUAAAGCGGACCAAAUAUGAUGAUCUUCACUUGGAAGAUUUAUUUAUAGGCAACAAAGUGAAUAUCUUUUCUCGACAACUGGUGCUGAUUGACUAUGGGGAUCAAUACACAGCUCGACAACUGGGCAGUAGAAAAGAAAAAACAUUGGCUCUGAUUAAACCAGACGCAAUAUCAAAAGCUGGAGAAAUAAUUGAAAUGAUAAACAAAGCCGGAUUUACUAUAACCAAACUCAAAAUGAUGAUGCUUUCAAGGAAAGAAGCAAUGGAUUUUCAUAUAGACCAUCAGUCAAGGCCCUUUUUAAAUGAGUUGAUCCAGCUUAUUACAAGUGGUCCUACUAUCGCCAUGGAGAUUUUAAGAGACGAUGCUAUAUGUGAGUGGAAAAGACUGCUUGGACCCGCGAACUCUGGGAUGGCUCGCACGGAUGCUCCUGGAAGCCUGAGAGCCCUCUUUGGAACUGAUGGCAUAAGAAAUGCAGCUCAUGGCCCCGACUCUUUUGCUUCUGCUGCCAGAGAAAUGGAGUUAUUUUUUCCUUCAAGUGGAGUUUGUGGACCAGCAAACACUGCUAAAUUUACGAAUUGUACCUGUUGCAUUAUUAAGCCCCAUGCCAUCAGUGAAGGACUGCUGGGAAAGAUCCUCAUGGCUAUCCGGGAUGCAGGUUUUGAAAUCUCAGCUAUGCAGAUGUUCAACAUGGAUCGAGUUAAUGUUGAAGAGUUUUAUGAAGUUUAUAAAGGAGUAGUGUCUGAGUAUAAUGAGAUGGUGACAGAAAUGUAUUCUGGCCCUUGUGUAGCAAUGGAGAUUCAACAAAAUAAUCCUACAAAGACAUUUCGAGAAUUCUGUGGACCUGCUGAUCCCAAUGUAUUACUUAAAAAAACAACAACAACAACAAAAAACAGUUCCAGUUUUGGUCCCAGGAAGGUGACUGAGGAAAGAGAAACUGACAGAAGAAGGGACUUCGUAGUUACCUCCAAUCAUUCGUUCAUCCAGACAUAUUUGAGUACCUACUAUGUGCCAGGCACUAUUCUAGGUACUGAGGAUAUACCAGUGAAGAAAACAAGCAGUGUGUGUGUGUGUGUUAGAGAGAGAAAAUUUCCUCACAGAGCAUUCAAGCUUACCUUCUACUUGGAGACAUAAAAUAAACACAAAAAUAGAAUGCAUACUAUUUCCUAUAGUAUGGAGAAACACGAAGGGAGAAAAGGGGGCCAGAGUUAAGGGCAUAUAGAUAGGAUUCUAUUUUAAAUUGGAGUCAUCAGCAAAGGUGGUCUUACUGAGAUGGUGGUAUUUAAGAAAAGACUUGAAGGAAUAAAAAAAAGCCAUGCGACUUUCCAGGUGAAGAGCAUCAUAAGAGGAGCAGACAGCCAAUGGGAGAGAAGCUUGCUUGAAGUAAUCCAGGAACCCAGAGGAAUGAGCAAGAUGGGGAAUAAGAUCAGAGAGAAAAGGGCUGGGACAGAUCUUGUAGAAGCUUAUAAUGACUUUAAGCUUUGCUCUGUGUGAGACUAUAAGUUUUUGAAGAGUUUGAGCAGAAUGGUGACGUGAUUAGACUUUUAAAAGGAUCAUUGUGAGUAUUUUGUUAAGAAUAGUCUAAAGGGAGGCAAAGGUGGAAAUUGCAGUCUGGAUCCAAGAUGAUGGUGACUUGGACCAGAAGGGUAGUGGUGGGCAUGCUGAGAAAUAGCUAGGUGUUGUUUACCAGGUUGCUUUCCCUUUGCUUCUCUUUUUAUCUUGAGUGGGUGAGUGGAUGAAGAUUAAAACUGAUGCAACCCUAGGGAAGGGGCAUGGCAGAAUCCUUAGUUCUAGGAGAUGGAAAUAGAACGGAACAGAAUUCUGUCCCCUCUGUUCUGGUUUCAUCUCCAUCUACUUAUGAGACAAGUAGAAGAUGACCACACUCUUUAUCAGUUUAGUGUGUGACAACAGUUAGAGUAGGCAUUUAUGCUGGUCUAGAGGUCACAUAUUCACAGAUUAAAACAGGUGAAGAAUUUCUGUUGCUAGUUUGUAGUAAAAAUUCAAGAAAUAUUUUUCUUAGGGUAAUC